AUGAUCUCUCGAGUCGGCAUCACAGAUAGCUUGACGUUGGAAAAGCGCAAAGAAGGCGAUCGCUUCCAGGUUGUGGAACCCGCCGCUACGAGCGUCUACCAGGGACUGCCGGUAUCCAAAACGAUCCAGCCAGCAGUCAUCGGAGGCACGUGGUUCCCCAAGGCUCCAGACGCCGCCAUCGCUUCCAAGACCGUGUUCUUGUACUUUCACGGAGGGGCAUUCAUCCAGGGCGACGGGCGGGAUGCCCAGUGCGCCACCAUCGCCAAGAUGCUACUCACAAAAGGACGCGCCGACUCUGUCUUUUCUGUACAAUAUCGCCUUUCUGGGUACGGUGGUCUGAAUCCAUACCCAGCAGCGUUACAGGAUGCAUUAUCCAGCUACCUCUUCCUUCUGAAUGUCGUCCACGUACCUGCCAAGCAAAUCGUCGUGGCCGGUGACAGCGCCGGAGGCAACCUCGUCACGGCCCUUUUGCGAUACCUGGCGGAGCACGGGGCGGCCACUGGCAUCCCGGAGCCAAAGUGUGCAGUUCUCAUAUCACCCUGGGUGGCGCCGUUUGACUACGAAAUGGCAGGCAAUCCUCACCUUGGCACCGACUUCGUCCCUUCUUCUUACGGGGCCUGGGGCGCGCACAGCUACGGUGGAGGCCGGCCCGGGGCUGCCGCCGAUCCCUACAUCACGCCCCUGGGCAACCCUUUCGCCACGAGCGUCCCAAUUUUCUCCAGUGCGGGCUCGGCGGAGAUUUUCUAUGAGCGCAUCGUACGCUGGGUGGACGAAAUGGGUGCCAUCGACGGGAACAAGGUACAGAUCUACCACGAGAAAGACGCGGUGCACGAUACAUUCUUUUCGGCGGAGAUGCUUGGCUUUGAAAACAGUGCCUGGGAGGUUGCCGCUCAGAUUGGUGAGUUUGUGGGAAGGUACUGA